AUGAAGAGAAAUUUGUGGUUGAUUGCUUUGUUUCUGGUUCUCUCUUCCCUGAUUUCAUCUUAUGCAGUUUCAACUCAAUCAUACCAAAUCCGCAAACUUUUGAUUAUAGGAACACCCCCUAGUAAGUCAAGACCUGCCCGCCAAUGUUGUUAGCAAGGCGAAAGCAGCGGGAGAAACAGCAUGAAAGAGGUCGGCUGUGAUUCGUGGUGGUUUAGUGGACCAGUUUACAAACAUAUUUUAUUUUAUAGUUAAAAAUUAAAAAGACAACACAAAAAGAUACAUCUAAAUUUCGCUUGAAUAGAUUCCCUAUGAAUACAAUAAUGUCCAAUAUAUGUGGUGCAUAUUUCUGUAGUACUUAUUGUUAACAAGGCGAAAGCAGCGGAAGAAACCUAAUCAUUUCUAAGUUAUGACAUGUAAUGAUCUAUUAACUAGUGAUUUAUUUGUAAGGUGUUGUUUCAUUAUGUGUGAUAUAUACUCUACGAAUAAAUAUGAAAUGGAAUUUCAUUGUA